UCUGUAGAAAAAAACAUGGAAAGGAACAAAACAGAAAGUCUAUACCUCGAUGGUUGCAAUUCGGCAACACCGUUAGUCCGAUACCAUCAGUUUCGCAUUGAGUUUCGAUCAAAUUCCAUCUGUGCGCGUCGAUGUGGACGUCUUCCGGCUUCGUCUUUCUCGAGUCAGGUUGUCCACAAAAGUUAUUCGUGUCUCGUGUCCAAGAUGGAUUCCGACCCAAACGUGCAAGAUUACGAAUCGCGCGCAAAGAGAUUGAAACUCGAAUUUGAAGACCCCGAUAUCGGUGGAUUGUGCGAUAAUCUCGGUUUUCCUCGAUUUUCCCAUGCAGCAACAGCGUCGAUUGACAGUGGAGAAGGAACAACGGAUUGCGAUUCAGGCUACGAACCCUCUACUCUGCAGUCUUUGCCAACAUCACCAAACUCUUUGAACACUUCGCCUUUCACCAACUCCGGAGAAAUGACCGACAAUAUGCCCAAUUUAUAUCAGCCCUAUCCUCCGAUACUCUCAAAUAAUACCGACAACUCCCAUUUGGACAUGGCACAGGAAGAGGAGGAGGACGACGAUGCCUCAGUUGGAAGUGAAUUGAGCGGACUUUCAAAUACCAGCGGACAGCAAUGGAAACCAAUGGCAGGAAGCUUUGCAUGGAUACAAAAACAAAUUCAGAAAGGCACCAGUCCCAAGACCAUAUUAACUGAAUUAGGCGUCGACUUGGAGCAAAUUCCUCAAUGCGUUGGUGACUUUACUCUUUGGAAUAUAAUCAUAAAUAUGCUUGCGGAUCCACCAAGAAGAAGCAAACUGCGGCAUGUAAAUACAUUAGAUGACGUCGUGCGAUUACUUAAAGGUGCUCAAAGGAUUAUAGUGCUUACUGGUGCUGGUGUUUCGGUUUCCUGCGGAAUUCCCGAUUUUCGAUCCCGUGAUGGAAUCUACUCGCGCCUCGCUAUAGAAUUUCCCAACUUGCCCAACCCCCAGGCCAUGUUCGACAUUAAUUAUUUCAGCCAGGACCCGAGACCGUUUUUCAAAUUCGCUAAAGACAUAUAUCCAGGAAAAUUUAAGCCAAGCCCGUGUCAUCGUUUCAUCAAACUUCUGGAAAAACAUAACAAGCUCUUACGGAACUAUACUCAGAACAUCGAUACGUUAGAGAAGGAAGCAAGUAUCGAAAGAGUGAUUGAGUGCCACGGAUCUUUUGCCACGGCAACCUGCACAAAAUGCGAGCACAAAGUUGGAGCCGAUAAAAUCAGAAAUAUUGUGUUGUCUCAGAAGAUACCAAUGUGCGAAAAGUGUCACGGCGAUACAGAUGUUUCAGUAUCUACUGAUGAUUUUGGGAGUGAUGCCACAAAUUAUAAGGAUCUGGUUCAGUCGGGCAUAAUGAAACCUGAUAUCGUGUUCUUUGGGGAAGGCUUACCAGACACCUUUCACGAUGCGAUGGCUUCAGACAAAACUGAAGGCGAUCUGCUUGUCGUUAUUGGCAGUUCAUUGAAAGUGCGACCCGUCGCCCUCAUUCCCAAUUCCCUCCCAGCCCAUGUACCUCAAAUUCUCAUCAACAGAGAACCUCUGUCACAUUGCCAUUUUGAUGUGGAGUUAUUGGGCGAUUGCGAUGUUAUUAUCAAUCACCUUUGCAAAAUGUUGGGACAAAAUUGGGAGGAAGGCAUUUGCAAUGCGCAAGAAUUAGUUGAGGUGCCAGAGCUUUUGCCUUGCAAACAGCCUGCGCCAAUAGAUUUCAGUAAAUGGCAAGAAAAUGCCGAGACAAUCUCCAAAUUUGAAUGUACUGGCAAACCAGUCGUCUCAGUAACCGAAGAAGUACAUAGAUGUACUUGCGAAAGCACUAGGAUGAAUUAUACCAACUCAAAUAAUAACCCCGGCUCCUCUGGACAAGAGACAAUUUGCUCAUGCCAAACUGAUGGUAAAUCAACUAAAGAGCGUCACAUCAGUAUAGACUCGGCACUCGAUUCCGGUAUAGGAGAAAACUCCAAUUUUACAGACUUGGAAACUGAGAGCGGCAAAGAAGGAAGUAGCAAUUUUGCUACCGACUUAUCUUCAGAGAGUAGUUCUUGUAACGUUAAGGGAUCCGAAACGUGUUUGAAUGAAAAGAGUAACGAUAUGCGCAGUUACUGGCAACCAAAAGCUAAACGAAGCUUGGCAGAAAGAUUGCCGCCCAACUCAUAUCAUUUGGUUGCACCAAGCCGAUACAUAUUUCCAGGUGCUGAAGUGUAUUAUGAUCCGGAUGAGAAAUCGUCUUCUUCAGAUGAUGAAGAUUCUAGUUCCGAUACUAUGUCAGAGUGUUGACUUUCUCUAAAGUAGCUGUUGUUGUUUUUGUAUAAUAUAUUUUUUAUAUGAAACUAAGUAAAACUUAACGUAGGAGCAAUUAAUGCUGUUAUGCUAGAAUGGUAACAUAUUUUGUCUCAAAAAAACUGAGUCGGUUUUAUUGGCUUCACUGUUUACCACGAUCAAUUUUUUUGGUAUUAAGCCAUUUUCCGGACAGAGCUGCACGAAAAUGUACAUCAAAUAUUGUUUAUAUGGUACAGCAUUUGAAGUAAAUUGUUCUGUUUGGGAUUUUGUGCGGAAAUUGUGUUUAAAUAUUAUAAUUGAGGUCCUUGAGACGCAUGAACAUUUCUACGAAAAUUCCAUCAAAAAUUAUUAUUGUUCAUUCUGCUACGACCUCGGAGAACUAUCAUCUAAACAUUUUUACACCGCGAAUUGCAACGUUUCAUAUAAAAUUUUUGAAAAUAUGUUUAAAAAAUGUUGUCGGAAGAACCCCCGAUUAAUUUUGUUGGAAUACUUCGAAAAAUAUCCGUUCGUCUUGAAAGCACUCUAAUCAGCAAUUGGCAUUUUUUCCUUCAAAAAAUACAUAAAUUCAGUAUUACUUGAAUCUCGAAUAACAUUCUAUUUUAUUCCGAAUUCUCAAUUUCACUUGCGUCACAUCUUGUUGGAAAACAAAUAUAUUUUUGAACAAUAAAAACAUUUAUUUCAUUUAGGUGAUAAUCGUUUUUUAUUGUUAUCGGUGUAAAUGGAUAUUAAGUGUUUCAAUGUAAAUAUAGUUACUUAUUUUCCGGUGUUAGGUAUCCGAAAGAUAUGUACCAAAUUGGAAAUUCAAUGAUCUCGGAGUUGUGUAUUUGUUUAUUAUACUUUAUAGUUUUUAAUACAUUUUCCAAAUAAUUAUUCUUUAUCCCUGUGAAACUAAAACAGCAGAUAGGCAUAAUGGAGUCGCUAAUUCAUGCAAUUCAUUAAAUACAUUUGAUAUAAGAAUUUUAAUUUCAUUUCAUCUGAGAUAAUGUCUGGGCACUGUCAAAAAAUCGUGUUCGUGUUGCAUUGAUGUGUAUGUGCAAUAUUUUAUACUCAAUUUUAUGCCUAAAUGCACGUUGCAGACUUUAUUAAAUCCAUUUUUUUUUUCAUUGUUAGCUUAAACGUAUAAAUAGGACAUUUGACUGAUAUUUAUUUAAAUAUUUGAAAAGUAGCUAGAUUAGCUACAUAAUUUUGAAAUUAUUAGAAAGAUGGUUUGGUUACGUUUGUCUGAUGGCAAAGCAUAUUUAGCCCUAUGGGAAUGUUUCGUUAAAACUUGGAGGUGUUCCAUGUUUUAUUGGUAUUAAUUUUUCGCUUUAAACUUAGUAUCAGCGUAAUUGAUAAUUCCCCGCGCUUGCUUUAGAUUGAAAAAGGGUUUCAAAGUUUAUACAAUAUCCCGGUCUAGCUACUUUUUACAGCCUAUAAUGUAUAUUAUUCAGUAUCGAGUACCUAAUAAUAAAUUUGAUAAAUUAUAAGUUUAUUAUCUUAGGGUUUCUAUUGUUAUAUAAAGUUAGAAACAUGUCAAUUAAACUACUACCUAUAAACUUAUUUCACAUAGGCGCAAUAGAAAGAUAAGAUAUUUUUCUUAAGGUUGUUUGUGAGUUGGUGUAGACCGAUCUGUCAGAGAGUCUUUGCCCCAAGGAACUUUUUCCAUACGAAUACUGCUGUAUUGUCUUAUGAUAGAUUUAUUCGUACUAAAUACAUAUAUAAUGGCGUAGUUUCUAGAUAUUUUCUUGUUAUUUAUUGUUUAUAGGUCGUUUUUCGUUUACGGAUAGAAUUCAUCUUAUUCGGCACUAUCAGUGCCUUUAUUUGAUUAGCAUUUAUAAUUUGUUCUGAACUAUUUAUAACCGAUCUUAUAUUUAUUUUUUUAUCGAUUUGGUACUAACAUUACCCGUUCCUAAUGAUUAUUUGCAAAAUUUAUUCGACGGUCACUACUAGGUAGUUUCUAAAUGACUAUAAAUAUACUGAAGGUAUUUAAAAACAAACUA